UUGUGUCAGUACAGUCAGAUCCUUGCAUGGUUACCCUGGAGCUCCACGUAAAUACACUACAGGAAGUAAUGAAGCUGAAACAGAUCAAAGCCUAGCAACACACGAGAAAAAGGUUCUGCUCCUGCCUGACGAGCCCAGACUCCUUCUAGAAUCAGAGGGGCACUUGGGGACAGACAAACAGACACCAGCAGCGUAUGUGAAUCGCUACAGGCCUGUCACGUGACACUCAUACGAGAAAGAAAUGCAUAGAGAACUGAAAUGAACACCAGGAGUCCAUAUUUUCAGUAUGAUGACCAUAAUGAGCAGAGUGGAAGGAACCAUCAGUCCCCGAGAGACUCUACCAGCAAUCAGACCUAUACUACUAAGAAGAACACAAGUAUUACGAUGAAGGGUGACCUUGAUUUAGAGAUGGGAGAACGAGGAAGAACAAGAAGCAGACGCAAUCUAAGCAAUGACCGACGUUCAGAUGUUAACAAAAAUAGUGACUCUUAUUAUUCUGAUGAAUAUGAGAAUACAACUUAUGGUUCUGAACGGUCUCCAACACCUAGUUCCAAGUCCAGAAGUCCUCGGGCCAAAAAAACCAACAAUAAGUUAAGGUCCAUAACACCAAUACAAAGACAAGGUGUGAGAAAAGUGGGCUCAAAAUUUCCAUCAAGUAAAAGAAGUACACAAUGGGGAUUUCGUUCACGAAGUCUAAACAAGGAGUCUUCUCCCAAGGACAUAGAUCUUGUUACCAGAAGGGUGCUUUCUGCUCGGCUUCUGAAAAUAAAUGAGCUAAGAAAUGAGCUCUCUGAACUUCAGAUCAAAUUAGAAGAACUUCAGAAAGAAAAUAAAACAUUAAAGAGAUUGCAGUUCAGACAAGAGAAGGCACUGAAUAAGUUUGAAGAUACAGAAAAUGAGAUCUCCCAACUUAUUUCUCGGCAUAAUAAUGAGAUGCGGACGCUAAGGGAACGCCUGCGUAAAUCCCAGGAAAGGGAGCGUAAUACAGAAAAGAAACUGAAAGACACUGAGGAUGAGCUAUAUAGGACAAGUGUAACUUUAAAGAAGCUGAAACAACUAGCAGAAAAUAAGCAUCUUGCAGAACGAGAGGAUCUAACCAAAAAGCUAGACAUUCUAGAAAGCAAGAUGGAAGAACGGGAGAAAAGGAUUAAGGACUUGGAGAAAAACAUUGAACUGACUCAGAGCAGUUAUCAGCGACAGUUACUGUCAGAAAAAAAGAAAGCUCAUGAAGUCCAAGAAAUGAGUAAAUCACUGCAAGAGGAACUCCAGAAACUAACUCAAAAAUUAAAAGAGAAAGAAAAGGAACUUGAUGUUAAAAACAUAUAUGCUUAUCGGUUGUCAAAGCCACCUCAAAAGAAAGAAACUGAGAUAACCCCUAGAAGGAAAGUAACAAAUCAAAGAAUAAAUACAAAGAGCGUACAGACUACUGAAUAUGCCUCGUCGGUGGAAUUUACUCCUCCACCCCCACCCCCACCUGUUUUUGAUGGAAUGGAUGAUGAAGUGGAUGAGAACCAACAAGCAGUACUACGAAGGAUUGAACAAGAAAAUAUUGAGAAGCAACUAAAAGAAGAGGCUGAGAGGCUUAAAAAAGAAAGGGAUAGGGAGGAAUGGAAGAGAGAACAAGAAGAAAAACAAAUUCGAGAAAAAGCGCAAAAGGCUUUAGAAGAGAAAGCAAAAAAGCUACGUGAUGAAUGGGAAAAGGAUGAAUUUGAAAGAAAGAAAAAAGAAAAGCUAUUCCAGGAACCAGAACUUGAAAAAGAGGACAGCCUAAAAAAAAUUGAGGAAGAGAGGAUUAAAAAGGAGCUUUUGCUUGCAAAGAUGUUUGAAAUUGAUCAUCAAAAGCAAGAUCCAUUUUAUUCUGACCCCAAGAUUCCUACUCAAACAGCACUUCUGGACUCUUCAUUGAAACUAGACUCAGCAGAGAAAAAACAAAAAAUGUACAAAUUCUCUGAGUCAACUGAGAAACUCUUCAAUGGACUUCCUGUUAAUGGUAGAGAUGAGCUCUCCUCUAAAACAGAUAUCCAAGGUCACCGAAUCCAGAAGAAUAAUGACUCUGCUAAUGACUUUUCAUUUGGUAACUAUUCUCCAUCUUUUGGGAAGGGAAGGUCAAAUGGUCAAAAAACAGAAGCGUUAGAUGAUGCUGUCAUUAUAAGUAAUUCCAAAAUAAAUAUAUCAAAAGAGAAAAGGUCCAAUUUAAUGGAGCAGCUUUUUGGCAACAGUUCAGACACUUCACUUCCUUCAAUUUCCAAAACGAAUGAAUCUGGUGGUCUUGUUUCUCUCAAUAAUGAUCAAGAUUUGAAAACCAUUUUUCCUUGGGAGAAAAAUAACAAAGGUAAAAUGAAAGAUGACCUUUUCUUAUCGGACAGUAGUAAGAACACCAAAAGGCACACAACAGCAAGACCCUUGGUCAAAGCUGUUGACUCUCUAGAAGAUGAAAUUGAAGAAGUUGUGUUGUAGACAAAAAAGCCUAACAGAUACUCCCUCAAUAUUUAUUACAUAUUUUAAUUUAAAAGUCAUGUACAAUACCCAUUUAAAUAAAUGAAUGCCUAUUUUUA